AGCCUUCGCGUCCGUGUCCCCUGCGCCCCGCCGCUGCCGCCCCAAACUUUGGCCAGUACCGUCCGGGCUCCGCGCCAGGGACGAGCCAGGGCCUCUGGGUCCCACGCGGAGGCAGCGCGCAGCCGGGCUUACCGGGUCGCGCGCUCUGGCCUGGCGCUGCGAAUGCGAGGUGGGUCAGGGCGCUCACUGCACACCCGUCGUGGCCCGAGAGCCUCGGAUCAAGACCAGUUGACACAGACCUUCCCUCUUUAAGGAGCGAGGAAUUUUCAAGAUGAAUUAUACCAAGUCCAGCCCAUUGGCAGAAUCAACUGCAAUAGGUUUUACACCUGAGUUAGAAACUAUCCUACCUGUGCCUUCCAAUGAGACCACUUGUGAAAACUGGAAAGAGAUACAUCAUCUAGUUUUUCAUGUAGCAAAUAUUUUUUUUGCAAUUGGGUUGGUUAUUCCAACUACUCUUCACCUUCAUAUGAUACUUCUUAGGGGGAUGUUAACUAUAGGAUGUGCCCUUUACAUCGUCUGGGCCACUCUCUACCGAUGUGCCUUGGAUAUCAUGAUCUGGAACUCGGUGUUCCUGGGGAUCAACAUUUUGCAUCUUUCAUAUCUUUUGUACAAGAAAAGACCGGUAAAAAUCGAAAAGGAACUCAAAAGCAUCUACCGGCGAUUGUUUGAACCACUCCGUGUGCCUCCAGAUUUGUUCAAAAGAUUAACUGGACAGUUUUGCAUGAUCCAAACAUUGAAAAAGGGCGAGACCUAUGCUGCAGAGGAUAUAACCUCAGUUGACGACCGUCUGAGUAUUCUCCUGAAGGGAAAAAUGAAGGUCUCCUAUCGAGGACAUUUUCUGCAUAAUAUUUACCCCUGUGCCUUUAUAGAUUCUCCUGAAUUUAGAUCAACCCAGAUGCACAAAGGUGAAAAAUUCCAGGUCACCAUUAUUGCAGAUGAUAACUGCAGAUUUUUAUGCUGGUCAAGAGAAAGAUUAACUUACUUUCUGGAAUCAGAGCCUUUCCUAUAUGAAAUAUUUAGGUAUCUUAUAGGAAAAGACAUUACAAAUAAGCUCUACUCAUUGAAUGAUCCCACCUUAAAUGACAAAACAGUCAAAAAGUUGGACCACCAGUUCAGCCUUUGCACACAGCUGUCCAUGCUGGAAAUGAGGAACAGUAUAGUCAGCUCCAGUGAAGAUGAAGACGGCUUACACCAGUUUCUUCGGGGCACCUCCAGUGCUUCCUCUCUUCAUGUGUCACCCCUACACCAGCGAGCCUCUGCGAAGAUGAACCCAAUAGAGGAAGGGGUGGAAAUCGAUGACGAGGUCUUUGAACCCGUGUCCUCGAAUACGCUUGAAGUUCGUCGCUGGCCUUGAUCCCAAGAGAGGAUUCACGUUACCAAGAGGGAAACUGUCUGGAAGAGAUCCUGAAAAAUACCAGCACUUUUUCACAGCUUUUCAAUUGUUCUGCUUUAAUAUUGACACUCCCAGCCUGGGAGAGUCUGAGGGCAGGAAAGGGAGGGAGAUUCAAAACAUGGGAAGGUUAUCUUCUCUUUUUACUGGUCAGCUUUCUGUUCCACUGAGCCUUCUGACUAAACCGAGUGCUAUUUUUGAGAGAUAUAUUUUCACAGAGUUUUCUAGCUAUGUUAUCAUUUAACUUAAAAAAAUCUUAGCGCUUUGUCAUUGCAAAUGCCUUCACUUAUCUUUCCGAGCUGUUCCUUUUUGUCAGAGAUAGUUUUUUCUCUGCCGUGGCAAUGGGGCUGUCCGUUUGAUAGUUUUAACAAACAAUGUAAGUUUGAAAUUGAGGCUGAGGUAACAUUAAAAAGCAGGGAAUCUCA